CACAAAACCAUACAAUAUGAUUGCCUUCCUAUUUUUGUGUUUAGUUCUUCAAACUUUAGCCUCUUCUCCAACCUUGAGUCGAGACGCUGAUCAAAAUGAAUAUCCAUUUAUCGUAGCAGUGGAAACAUGCGGUUAUCCAAUAUGUUAUCCACAAUGUGCUGGGGUCGUUAUUUCCAAGAGUUGGAUCCUCACACUUGGUAGCUGUGCCUAUAUUGCGGACUACGAUCAUUUCAGGAUAAAUGCAGGAGUAGUCAACCUCACCAGUGAAGAUGCACAACUCCGAGAUAUCGAAAAAUCAGUACUGCAUCCAGAAUUUGACUAUUGGCAACCCUUUUCCCUAAACAACAUUGGUCUACUGAAAUUAAAGACACCUCUAGAUUUGGGAAACUCGGUUCAACCAGGAGUACUACCAAAGCAAGGAUCAGAUAUACCUCUAGGCAAUGUAACGCAACUGGGAUGGUUUGUUAAUAGAGGUCAAUAUGACAGACCAAUCAGCGUGCAAAACUUAGAGACUGCAGAAACCGCUAUGAUUGAUUAUAAUGAGUGCAUGGCCGUAGUAGAACCAUCGAUGGAUUACAAAUUCCCUGAUUUUGCCCAAACAUUGUUAUGCACUGGAGAUUUUACUGGACGCGAAGAUUUAUGUUUUGUUAAUGACGGAUCUCCAACCGUCCAAGGUGGUGUCGUAGUAGGUAUUUACUACUAUAGAAGCUUGGGUUGUGGAGUGAUGGGAUCAGCUAUGUUAUCUCUCAAGACUGGACCCUACGUAUCGUGGAUUCAGGAAAAUAUUGAUGAAGAAAUAAAACUAGCUUAAGAAUGUUGUAUUUGCAAAUGUUAAAUAAAAAAUUUAAUAAUG